GUGAAGAAGAGUGCCAGGGAAGACAAAAGAAAAUAUUAUGAAACCAUGGCAAACGAAGCAGAACAAGCUGCAGGCAAAGGAGACCUCGCCACACUCUACCAAACAACUAGGCACCUAUCGGGCAAAAGUUCGACACAGAUUAAGCCAAUAAAGGACGACAAUGGAAAGUCAAUCACCAAAGAGGUGGAACAGAGAAAGCACUGGGCUGAACACUUCAAAAGACUUCUAAAUCGUCCGCCACCUACAACGCGCCCAACAAUACCAACAACGGAAGCAGAACUACCAGUGAACAUCGACCCUCCGACGAAAUCAGAAGUCCUGAAUGCAAUCAAGAUGCUAAAAACCGGAAAAGCAGCAGGACCAGAUGGAAUCCCAGCAGAAGCUUUGAAAAUGGACCCAGAGACAACAGCGGACUUGAUGACACCACUACUGGAGAAGGUGUGGAAAGAGGGCAAAGUACCCGAGGAUUGGAAGAAUGGAUACUUAUUCAAACUUCCAAAGAAAGGAGACUUAAGUCAAUGUAAAAACUG